AUGCUUGCACAACAAUUAGUUUACGCUAUUGGACUAUUGAAUCUUAUUCUAGCUGGUAUAGCUGUUUUCUGUGUCACCGAAGCCGAGAAUCAUCCUGAACAUUUCUCAUUAGUUUACAUUGCAAUAAGUAUAUUUAUAUUUUAUAUGGGCACAAUUUUAGUUAUCAUUAUUCUACAAAUAAUCGAAACACAUCGAGAACGGCGCGAACAAAAUCUACUCAAUUCAUUAGAAACUCAAAUACCAGAUAUUAUAAAACUACCGCGACUAUCUCAAGCAAAGGAGAUUGUCGAAGAAAAUUCAAUAGUACCUACAAGACCUAAAACCAUCUAUCUGACGCGUAGUCAAACAGUGCCAAUCACGCGACCACCACCAUCACAGAUUAAUCCGCAAACAUCAGUUUCAUCUUCAUCGAAUUUUGAAGACGCUCUACAUAUGUCCAAUGAUGAAAUGAUAACAGCACCGAAUUCUUUUACAGCUCUAUCAAAAUGUCGACAAACGAGUGGGAUUAUACAUAAGAAUUUUGAAUCAUCUUCAUUCCUUAUAAAUGAAAGUCGUCAUCAUCCGUGA